ACACAAACUGAGGACAUGAGUGGUUCAACGAUACAAAACAAAUACCUCAUCUCCACCACCAUCUCCUCCUACUCAUCCUUCACUCAUAAAGAUAUGACAAUUAAAUGAAACGAAUUCAACAACUGUGUGAUCAUCAAUGCAUUUUCCGCAGACUACAUACUCGGCGGUUAACACGCAAACGGCGGCCACUAGUGGCCAGUUGGCAGCGUCGUCGGUUGCUGCCACACAAAUCAUUGGUAUACCUCAGCAACAACAACAGCAACAGACACAGCAAGUGGUGACAAGCGGUGGAAUUCAAUAUAUUGUUAGUUCCACACCAAAUACCGGUGCCCAACAACAACAACAACAAAUAAUGGGAACAACCACUUUAAAUCCACAAGUCCUCCAACAAUUGCAACAACAGUUGACAGCCCAAUCGGCAGCCGGCACUCAAUAUGUUAUAGCAGCUCCAGGAGGAGGAGGAGGAGCGACAACAACUACCGGUGCGUCGAUAGCUGGCCUGACACAGGGUUACGCCGUACAGACUAUUAACGGUCAACAGGUUCUCAUUCCAGUGAACCAACAAAUUGCUGCCAACAACAGUAUGACUGUUCCCGCCGUUUCUGCCGCCGCACCGGCAGCUAACCAAAUGGUGCAAAUGGUAUUAUCCAACGGCCAGGUUAUUACAACCACUUUAGCCAAUUUACAGGCCAUGGGAUUGGCAGCUCAAACGCCGUCUACUACUACUCAACCACAACAACAACAAUACUCGGCUCAAUAUCAACAAAAUGGCAAUCUUAUAGUUACGGGUACUCCUCAAUCAUCAGCAUCAGCAGCCUUACCAAUGCAAACACAAUUAGUGGCCAACUCUGCCGGACAAGUGUUCGCAAUCACACCUCAGAUCUCAAAUCAAGCCUAUCAUCAGCCAUCAGUUAUCGCACAAAACCCAUCAAACACUACCACUACACAGAUCAUACAAAUCGGUGGCCAACCAUAUCUUCAACAGAUUAUAUCAUCACAACAGCCACAACUAGUGACAAAUGCUUCGCUACUUCAACAGCAACAACAACAACAACAACUAGAAGAAAGCAAACUAUUGAUUCAACAGCAGAUCAUUCAACAACAACAGGCAGAACAACAACAACUGCUAUUACAGCAACAGAAACAACAAUUAAUUGUUGAAAAACAACAGAACCAAAAGCUAAUUGAAUCGUCGACACAAUCGCGGACACUGUCGUCGCCUAAUGUGUCGACACUUGUAUCGUCGACCACAUCUAAGCCACAGUUAUCGUCGUCGACGUCGUCGCUGAUGAGUCAGGAGAACACUAGUCAGUCAUUUGAUACCAGUUCUGAAAUUAAAGACAUCGACGACGACAACAACAAUGAGAGACUUUGUUCAGUAGAAAGUCAGACAUCGUCGCCGUCUUCGUCGACCAAUCAUACGAUGGAAGCCGAGUCGACAACUCAUUGUAAUCUUCCAAAUAAAGAUACUAUAAGCAAUACCGACGCUAAUAUUGUCGACGGAAUUAAUUUAGAAGAGAUCAAAGAGUUUGCCAAAGCUUUCAAAUUAAGACGUCUGUCAUUAGGUCUGACACAAACACAAGUGGGACAGUCGUUAAGUGCCACUGAGGGUCCAUCAUAUAGUCAAAGUGCCAUUUGCAGAUUUGAGAAAUUAGAUAUCACACCGAAAAGCGCACAAAAAAUUAAACCGGUUUUAGAAAAUUGGAUGCAAGAGGCAGAGGAAAGGUAUAAAAAUGGUAACCAAACUCUUACGGAAUUUAUGGGAAACGAUUCAAACAAGAAACGAAAGCGUCGGACAUCUUUUACACCGAAUGCUCUCGAAAUGUUGAACAUAUUUUUCGAAAAGAAUACCCAUCCGACCGGUUCCGAAAUGACCGAACUGUCCGAACAAUUGAAUUACGAUCGGGAAGUCGUCAGAGUUUGGUUCUGCAAUAAGCGUCAGGCGUUGAGAAAUACCAGUAAAAAAUAUGACAACAAUUAUCAUCAUAUCAUAUGAUUAAUAAAACAACAAAAUUAUGGAUAAUUUUUGUUGUU